AUGAAAGAAUACGACUUGAGAAAAGUAAAAAAUGCAACUCAUCAAGAUAAACCGACAAAAACAAAAGGACCGAUAGUUGAAGAAUUAGAAGAAAUAAACCAACUAAAAAAGGCCUCAAGGGGUUAUGGAAGGGAAAAUAGAAUAGAAAAAGUAGGAAGUCGUGGAAGGGUAGUCAUGAAAAAGUAUCGAACCUUCUGCCUUAAAUAUGAAUCUAAUGAUUCAGAUUUACGCUAUAAAGAUAUUAAUCCAAAUACUGGUAAAGAAAAAUAUCUAAAAUUGCAAGCUCAAGUCGCAAUUUACCAACAACAACCAAAACUAAAAAACGAAGGUAGCUGCCAACAACAAAGUAAAGUUACAGUCUCAGAUCUGCUUCAAAUAUUUGAUAGUAACGAUAGUAAUGAUAACAUCGACUACUAUCAAGAAAAUUAUAUGAAUGAAGAUAAUGAGACUUUUGAAUCGCCUAGGAAAUCAGAUAAAUUGAGAUCGUCAAAUUAUAUGAAUGAAUAUGAUGAGACUGCUGAAUCUCCUAGAAGGAGAUCAGAUAAAUUGAGAUUGUCAAAUUAUGUAAAUAAAGAUGAUGAGGCUGUUGAAUCUCCUAGAAAGAGAAUACCCGAUGCUUUGAGUGAUAUGACAAAUGUUCUCGAAGUUUGUCAAUGGCUGGUUUUACAAAGACCAGAUCCUGAAAUAUCGAAUAAUAUUGGUGAUGAUAAGGAGCUUGCCCAACUUUGGCAUGAAGAAAUAAAGUGUCUUUUUCUAAGGUGUAGAAAUCCACCAGCUGAAGCUAUUGAAAAUUUUAUAACAAAAAUCUUUAAUUAUGAACUUUAUAGCAAUGAGGCUGUGGAAAUCAUCUGCUAUUCAAAGCGUGUAUUAACGGACUUCCGAAGUAAAUUUAAUCAAAGAAUAGUUGCACUAGUCAUUGAAUUUAAAAACAAACAUUCAAGAGAGGAACAAUCAGAACAAAUAUCAGCCCCAUCAAGAAAUGAUAUUAACGAAUUUAUAACUCAGGAGGUCACAGUGAAAGCACUAAAAAGAUAUUUAAGCGGUGCUAACAUAGAAAAGCUUAAGAAAUGUGGAACUAUGAAUCAACUCGUAAAAUUAACCAAAAAAGUAUUUAAAAUAUGCUUUAAUGCUUACGACACAAAAGCUAUUAAGAACCUUGACUAUCUUACUAUUAAUUGCAAAAUUCCGAGUAGAUCUG